AUGUAGCCAUGAAAGAUUUUCUUCAUAGACUUUACGUUUUAAAGGUAGAUAUUUUUGUAUAAUUUCCAUGAGUUACAUACCAGCGGCACGAAGGUGAGAAACGCUCACGCUUGUUCAGACAGCAGUGUUACGGGCAAAACGGUGUUAUUCAGCGACAGUGUUCAUUUCCCAGCUACAAGCUCUGGCUAUGGUUGCUAGCUAGCCGUUAGCUUAGCUAAUUUAUGCCGGAUGGGCAUCCAUUGCGGAUGUGGUGCAGAAUAAAGGAUCACUAAUGCGACAGAGCACACACCGGACAUGGUUUAAUUCACCUGUUUGAGUGUUUUUUGUGUUGUUUAUUGUUUUUGAUUUGUUUUAAUGUAUUUGUUCGCUUAACUCAGCUCAGAAUUUACUCCUGGUUUUCAGACUCCAUGAGAUGGAGUACAUAAUGCUGCAUAACAUGUCUAUUCUCUUUAAACAACCAUUUUUAAAAAAAAAAAACAACAACAUGUUUUUAAAGUACAUGUCAAUCAUCGUGACCUCUGAAUUAUAGUUUAUUUUUUUUCAGAAUCUAUGCAUCCCCAGUAUGUCCAAACAGGACUCAUGUUAGAAGACUGUCCUCUGUUCUCUCUAUAUGAGGAAAUAGUUUUCCCUUCAGUUCCACUUUUGUAGUUUCGUUCUUCAGUCACCUGAGGGAUCACUUUCUAGCUGGUGUCUGACUGUAAUUGAGGCACAUCAUCAUCAUGCAAUGUGCACACUCAGUGAGCACUCAUCUAGCUGAGUGUGAUGGCACUUUUGUGAAUGGUGCUGCCUCGGCUCUGACCCAUGAGUGAGUAUUAUGAGGAGGGCGGGUUGCUAUAUGAGCGCUCGCCUCCCAUGCACAUUAAAGUGGAGUCGCCUGAAGGUGCCUUCGGCGGUCGGGUCUCCGAAGACGGCUUCCCCCGUGAAGACGACGACUCUGAAGGCAGCUGCGAUCACGCAGGCCUGCCUUUCAACGUCGUGGUCGUGCAUCCCAACAUUGUUGCUCCUGGAGUGGCUUCUGAUGACCUGCUACCCAUUCAACAAAACAGAAGUGUUUCUGCAGCGCUGGCUUCAGGAGGUGCAGGUAAAAGGAAGAGUAGGUUUAGCGGUGCUGAAUUGGAGGUGCUGGUCUCAGAAGUAACCCGGUGUGAAGGGGAAUUGUUUGGCCCAGCUGGCAGACUGCGGCGGCGUGAGAGAGAGCGAAUAUGGGCUGGAAUCUUGGAGCGCGUAAAUGCUGUAUCCCGAGUCCCACGCACCCUUCGGGAAGUGAAGAAGCGCUGGGAUGACCUGAAGAGACGCAACGGUGGAAAGCUGGCAGAUGCAAGGUUCCGCUCUUGGCUUCCAUCCAGUAGAGGAAGUGCAGUCCUGGGAGGCCCGAGCCAGUUGAGCCCCAGGUUUCACCAAGCCCGACAAAAAUUGAGUACAAGGGGAAAGGCCAGUUUCACCUGUUUGUCUGACACUGAUCCAGGAGGAGAAGGUUCUGAGCGAGAUGGCUUUGAAAAGGAGGAUGAUUCUCAUGAGCAGGAAGGUGAGGAAAGCACUAAUUGUGAAGGCGUAGAUAACAGCAUGGAAGACAAGCUGGGAUUAGGCCUUGGCUUGGGAAUCGUCCCAGCCCCAACAUCUGAGCGCUGGCUUCCUCCUUCGCCACUCUAUAGUGCCCCCUUUUUGAAUGGUACUCCUCAGCCGAGUCCAGAACCAUCACUUGGAGCUCAUCAGGGCCCCAUCGAGCCUCCCCCUUCACGUACUUCCUGGCUGGAGGAUGAACUUCGGGGCCUCGGGGAAGCAGCUGUGCAGCUUGGAGAUCGCCUCGAGCAGAACUUAAGGGAGUUCGGCGAAGGUUUCAGGCGUGACAUGCGGACACUUGUGGCCUCACAAGAGGCUCUGACAAUCAGCUUACAACAAAAUAAUGUGCUCUUACAGAGACUCUUGGGCCUACUUGAAAUGCAGCAACAGCAAACGCAGCCCCCGCAGCACCAAAUUCCACAUCAUCAGCUUCCGCAACGGUUGUCUCAAGAACAUUUGCAGCAUCGUCAACAAGAAGAUCUACCACAGCAAAUUUUAUCCCAGGAGCUCGAACAGCAAAUUCCUCAAAAUGCAAGUGAAGAAAUAUCAACAGCUGCUACUUCCGUACCCCUUCCCCCGGAUAUUUUGGAUGGCACUUCACAGCCUGAAUCAGCAACUGAGACGAAUGCUCAGAGGCCAUGCCGGGGUAGAACAGGAGACCACAGGCGGAAGCGUAGGCAUUAGAUGUGUAAAUUAUCUUGAAAUACUGUUUAUUUCUACAAAGAUUUUAUAUUAAGGUGUGCAUUUGAGUAAGAACAGGUUAUGCCAUGCAAGACUACAUUUUGCCUGUUGCAAAAAAAAAAAGAAAAGAAAAUGUUAUUAAGUUAUACAUAAAAAGAUUAUACAACUUAAAUGAAUGGGUUAUUCUGUGUUAAAUGACUGUGUGGAGUUAAGUAGAAUUAGUUUACACAACACAGCAUGGGAUAUUGAUUUACUAAAAGAAGUUUAGGUGACGGAUGUAAAAACAAGGUUGUCUUUCCCUAUAAAAAACAAAAUCUCCAUGAUGGAACAUAGAUUUGCAUCCCUGGGUCUGGAGUAACCUUGUCCAGCAUACUUUAGUGUUUUCACUUCUCACCAAUAAUCAGCUAAUCCACACCUCUUCACACCUUCGUGAGUUGAAGUGCAUUUGUGUGUGACAAAAUCUGAACAUGGGUUGCUCCAGGAUCAGAUUUGCAAACUUUGUACAAUAAAAGAUAUGGGAACCUGAACAGUUUCAUCAAAGAACUGGCAUGAAAAGACUGGUUAACUUGAGGUUUUUAUAUUUUUACAGGAUAGGUCUACUGUUACUGUAUAUAAAGCUAGUCAUGUGGCAGCACUCGCAAUGCAUGAAUUCAUGUAGGUGAACAUGCUAUCAGCUUGAGGUAAUAUUCACAUCAAACAUCGGAAUGAAGAAAGUGUUAUUUUUGUGUCUUUAGGAAUAGAUAUUGAUAUUAGAUAGAUGGAGUAUUCCAGAAACUACAAUG